AUGAAUGCAGCAGCUAGAAGACAAGACCAGUCUGUCUCAAAGGAUGCUGAUCGGGAGUAUGAAAUGGAAAAAGAAAAUGAACUUGACGAAUUUGAUUCAGACUUUAUUGAUACUGAAGACGAAAAUUGUACCGAUGGACAAGAACUUGAACGACAGAAGAAAUCCAAGAGAAAAAGGAAACCUGAAAAUAUUCAUUGGGCUAGGGAAAAGACAAAACGUAACGGAAUGGAAGGCAAGGAUUAUCUAGGAUAUAGUCGAAGUAAAACUGGUCAAAUACUACACAAUAGCGAAACGCAAUGCAGAAGCUUAGGUCCAGCUUGCUCCUCCAUGAAGUGCUUGAAAUACAAAAAGAGACACUGUAAUAUUAUAACUCAUGAAGAGCGCUUGUCGAUUUUUAAAAAAUUUUGGACUGAUAUGUCUUGGGAGCAAAAACAGAUAGAUAUAUGUAGCAAGUUUGAUGGAAAAGAGAGAAACCAGAAGGAAAUAUGUGAAGUUUCAUAA